GCCGGGGUGUAAACCCCCAGCUCUCGUCCCCACGCGCAGAGAAGCUUGUGCACCAGCGGACUCACAGCGAGGCCUCGUGGUGGGGUUUUCUCCCAGCCAGGGGCCUCAGUGCUGGGUUUCCCAGUGGAUUUCAGGUAAACAAAUAGUUUCUACCAUAAGUUUAUUCCGUGUGGCGUUUGGGACGUAAACAUACAGAAAAGUUAUUUGCUGUGUAUCUGAAACUCAAAUAUAAGCUGGUUCCCUGAUGUUUUAGCUCCUGAAAUAUGACGCCUGCCCCCACCAAUACUAACAAAACGUGCUUCCUGGGGCCGUCAGGAGGGUUAAACAAGGCAGGACACGGAAACACACUAUAAAUACUCGUUUUUCUCACACUGAGCCCUGGCCUUACAUGCCCUCCCAGGUGGAGACGGCUCCAGAGCCUCGCCCACCGGAUGCCGUCAGAGGAGACGUGGACAGGAGGCUUCAGAGCCCCAGCAUCAGGAAAGCUUGCCUGCCUCUGUGACCCAGUUUUCAGCCAAGACUCCUUUAUUUAUCACGACUCUUUAAAUAUCAGAUGAAAAAAACGCCUGACUCACACUGACUCAAGACUCACACUGACUCAAGUGCAGGGGAAUUUCACUGGCUUCCGUGACUGAUGUGACUGAUGGAGGCGGGGGUUUCAGGCACAGCUGGAGCCAGGCGCUGGCUCUGCCCUGACUCUGUCUCCCCCCACCUGUGGUCAGCAGAAUGGCAGCUCCACAAACGCCCAUGCCCUAAUCCUAGCAUCUCCAUCUCUAGAUGCUGGAAAAGGCAGGAAAUGAUUCUCCCCUGGAGCCCCAGAGGGACCAGCCCGGCCCACACCUGGAUUUUUGCCCCAUGAAGCCCAUUUCCUACUUGCAGCCUCCAGAACUGUGAGAGAGUCUGUUUGGUGUCAGGCACUGAGCACGUGGUCAGCUUCCUCUGUGUGGGCCUUGUUCUCAGGUGGACGCCUCUCACCUUGGGCCCACCCCCAGGCUGACAUCUUCCCAAGUCCAGCAGAGAGUGAGGGCUGUUUCUGAAAAGGUCCAGAAGAAAUGCAGGCCACAGUCUUCACUGAGGGGCUUUAGGGCUCAGGGUGGUUCUCUGUCCUGAACCAAACCCCGUGGCCAGGGGGUAUAGGGAGCGCUCUGAUUGGCUUGUCAGGGAGCAGCCAGGAGAGGGGUGGGCUGAAGGAGGGAGGCCUGGCCGAGCCUGGCUAGGACCCUGGGAUUUGCAGGAGUCCCCCAGGUGCUCACAACACACGAGUGUUCACACCAUCCUUGUUCAUAAUGGCCCCAGAUACCCAUGGACAGAUGACGGAUAAACACAAUGUGGUCUGGGGAGUUCCCCGGCGGUCCAGUGGUUAGGACGCCGCACUUUCACUGAUGAGGGCCUGAGUUCAAUCUCUGGUCAGGAAACUAAGAUCCAGCAAGCUGUGCGGGGGUGAGCAAAAGAAAAAACAAACACAAAAAAACUGAACACUACGUGGUCCAGCCGCACAGUGGAAUAUGAUUCAGCCUUAAGAAGGAAGGAGACUCUGACACCUGAUACACCAGGGAUGACUCUUGGGGACGUGAUGCUCAGUGAGAGAAGCCAGACACAGAAGGACAGACACUGUCUGGUUCCACUCCCAGGACGUCCCUAGAGGAGUCAGACCCACAGAGACAGGGAGUAGAUGGUGGGGCCAGGGGCUGGGGGAGGGGAUGGGGAGUCCGUGUUUCAAGGGGACAGAGUUUCCGUUUGGGAAGGUGAAAACGUUCUGGAGACGGAUGUUUGCACGGCAGGGUGAAGGCGCUUAGUGCCACUGAGCUGUGCGCUUAAAAAUGGUUAAAAUGGCAAAUUUAAUGUUACGUGUAUUUUGCCACGGUAAGACAACGGGGCCAGGAAAUAACCCCACUGAAAGCACGGAACACCACGUGUGAGAUGGGAGGUUGAACGUGGCGGGAGAGGAGAUGCUCGUGAGGGAUUCUUGUAAAUUUUUCAGGUGCGAUCGUGGUGACAGAGUUUUGUCUUUCGAGAGUCUGUAUCAGAAACGCCUCGGGGUGACGUGGAACCAGGCAGAGCUCUGAGUGUCACCUCCCCGACAGGAAGGGUGCGUGUGGGCGGCGCCGGGGUCCCGGGGCCAGCAUCAUGGAGGUCCCCUGCCGCGCCAUGCUGCUGCUGCUGCUGGUCCCGGGAGCCCUGUGGGCAGGAGGCAGCGCGUUUGAGACUCACAUCAUUGGCGGUCGAGAGGCUGCCCCCAGCUCACGCCCGUACAUGGUCUCGCUGCAGAAAUCCGGCUCCCACCUGUGUGGGGGGGUCCUCGUGCACCGGAAUUGGGUGCUGACAGCUGCCCACUGCGUGACCCGUCCGACGCAGCUGCUGAGGCUGGUGCUGGGGCUGCACGUGCUCGGAGACCCUGGCCUCACCUGCCGCGUCAGGGAGGUGGUCCUGCACCCUGGAUACAAGCCAGCCCCCUAUCUGGAGAACGACCUUGCGCUGCUCAAGCUGGACGGGAAGGUGAAGCCCAGCAAGACCAUCCGGCCCCUGGCCUUGCCCCGAGGGCGCCAGGCGGUGGCCACCGGAGCGCGGUGCAGCGUGGCCGGCUGGGGCCUGACCCGCCAGGGUGGGAGGCUGGCCAGGGCGCUGCAGGAGUUGGACGUGCGUGUGCUGGACGCCAAGAUGUGCAACAACAGUCGGUUCUGGGACGGUGGCAUCAGCCCAGACAUGAUCUGCCUGGAGGCCGACUCCAAGAACCAGGCCCCCUGCGAGGGAGACUCGGGUGGGCCUGUGGUGUGCAGCAGAGGCCAAGUGGCUGGAAUCCUGUCCUUCAGCUCCGAGGUCUGCACCGACAUCUUCAAACCCCCCGUGGCCGUGGCUGUGGCCCCCUAUAAGGCCUGGAUCAAGAAGAUCACCCGCCACUAGCGGCCGCCUCCCUAACCCCCCCUCCAGAGGUGGCCCCGGCU